AUGCCUGGAGCAUUAAUUUCCUGGUAUGAAAAAGAUGAUCAACAUAGGCAACAUCCAAUAAAACGUGUUCAACUUGAGAGAGAUCGAAAUAAUGUUCAUAUACGUGAAGAGCGAUUUUCAUCAUCAGUAACACUCACUUCCACAUCAACCGCUGAAUCACGAACGAUUAGUGAUCAAUUGACUAUUUGGCAAAAGAACAAUCUCGCUUCGGCUGAUUAUGAAUGUAAAUUAGAAAACAAAAAUAACACUCUUGCUGACAUUGUUGAAGAAGUCGCAGAAGAAAUGAUAAAAGAAGGAACAGCUGUUGGUAAAACACAUGAAGCACAGUGA